ACAGCCUGCGAGAAUAACGGAGCCAGCAGUUAUUAUUGAACUUACGUUCGCUGAUCGACACAACAAUAUAUCCUCGCAAAACUUUUCGCUAACCAGUGAUCUCUUAUACAUUUCAUUAAAAAACUAUUAUUCUUAUAAUUUCUUUUGUUUAUUAAACAAUGGCACCUCCUUCAAGCAAUCUUUCUGCUGUUCUUUAUGGAAUCAAUGAUCUUAGAUUGGAAGAAAGGCCUGUUCCAGAGCCAAAGGAUAAUC